CAGUCUUCAAAAGAAAAGACAGUUAAUAGGAAGGCCAACCAAACGGCCCUUAGAGUCUCACAUCUCAAACCUCAUAAAAGGUCACGUGCAUUUCUACAAAAGAAUGUUCGAAAAGCAUUACAUCUUAGACUCUGUUUGGCUUGUCUCUGUUACCGCGUAAAUGGCAUAAAACACAGACACAGACAAACAAGCUUCACCUCAAUCGCCAAAAAAAAUGCUAUCGUGGAAAAAGGGCAACAAAAGAACACCCGAAAUUCGGAGUCAAUUCGCAACAUCGUCCUCGUCUUCGUAGAUGAGGCACUUUUGGAAAUUAGGGUUUUAGAUUUGGGAUUGGAGAUCCUGUGGUUUGUUUGUCAUCUGGCUUUUGCUGAAGGAUCCAAAGAUUUUGAUGAGGAUUUGGCUUUGGUGAGUUAUUUGAGAGUUGCAAAAAUGUCUCUUGAUCAAAGUUACUCUCGAAUCGACACUUUAGAGCUGAAAGCUCUAAUGGUCCAGAAGAUUGGGCUUCAGAGAGCUGAGAAAUACUUUGAUCACCUCAGAAGAUUGUUUAGCUUGAAGAUUAGUAAAUGUGAAUUCAAUAAGUUCUGCAUUCGGACAAUUGGGAAGGAAAAUGUCCCUCUUCAUAACCAGCUUAUUAGAUCAAUUGUGAAGAAUGCGUGCCUUUCUAAAGUUCCGCCGACGAAGGGUAUUAGGAAAGUUGGGAGUAACCUUAAUGUUAAGAUCGCCAAUGGGUUGGAAAAGAAUUAUCUCCAAUCUCUUUAUGGGGACGCCUUUCCUUCUUCCCCUCGCAAGGGUAGGUCUCCAGUCAAUCGAGAUCGUAAGCUCCGAGACCGCCUGAGUCCUUUGGGCCCAAUUGGGAAGCCUCAAAGUGUUACCUGUGAGGAAUUGCUUUCGAAGCCGCAAGAGCAGCAAAGCGCUACGGAAUUGCUUUCUCUUGGCAGCAGACCUCCCGUUGAAGUUGCGUCCGUAGAAGAUGGGGAAGAAGUCGAACAGGAUGCAGGAAGCCCUGGCGUACAAAGCAGAAGUCCAGUUACGGCUCCUCUUGGUAUAUCCAUGAAUCUGGGCGGUGCUCGUAAAGCUCUCUGUAACAUAUCUAUAGGUAAUAAUUACCGGUUGGAGACCUGUCAAAACAGUGGUGAGCUACCUGAUACAAGAUUGCUAAGAAGUCGUGUGAAGCGGAAGUUGGAAAUGAAAGGGAUUAAUAUAUCUAUGGACUGUGUUAACCUGUUAAAUAAUGGGCUGGAUGCGUAUUUAAAGAGACUAAUUGAGCCAUGUAUGGGUUUAGCCGGAUCAAGGUGUGGAAAUGAGCAGUUAAAACCUUUUAACAGCCGGUUUAUACAUGGUUUAAACAAGACGGUGCCAGGGAGAUUUGCACAAAAUCCAACAAAAUCUACUUGUGUAUCCAUGCUGGAUUUUCAUACAGCAAUGCAGUUGAAUCCCCAUAUACUUGGAGAAGAUUGGGCUGUCCAGCUUGAGAAGAUUGGCUUACAUGCUUUUGAAGAGUGAACAAAACUGCGCACAUUGGCCAGGAACUCUGCAGUUGAUCAGAUCAUGUGACGUGCAUAAAGAUUACUGUAGUCAAUGGUUCAGUAUUUUGAAUCAAUUCUUUAACCUCACAUGAAUUUUGAUCUC